CGUCAAAAGGAGGCGACGCACCCUUAGCUUUUUUUUUGCUGCUGAGGCCAGUGAUUUCUUCAAAUUUUAGCGACUAUUUGUUUGUGUAUAUAUUUUCCAUCCCUACAACGUCUCCUUUGAACGGAGUGAUGCACAAGUAGAUAGAGAAAUAAAUUAGCCAUGUUCCACAACAGCUCACAGAGAAAAUACUGGACUUUUAAAAGUGAGGAUGAACUGGAACAGAUGAGAUUCAGUGCCAAUGAGAAAUUCCGGAAAACAGUUCGUGAAACUGGAAAGCCUGUCGGAAUUAACGCUGUGUUCUUGGACCGACAUGAGGAGGACGUUUUGUUUCGACACUAUGAGAGGAGGAUGCUCGACUUCUGCAAUGCUUUUAAGCCUGCCAUGCCUAAAUCAGUCGUGGGUGCAGCCCUCAUGUACUUCAGAAGAUUCUACCUGAACAACUCCAUCAUGGAAUACCACCCCAGGAUUAUUAUGCUGACAUGUGCAUACCUGUCCUGCAAAGUGGAUGAGUUCAACGUGUCCAGCGUCCAGUUUGUGGGCAAUCUUCAGCAGGAGACAGCAGCAGAACAAGAGAGAGUCCUGGAGCAGAUCCUUGGGUUCGAACUGCUUCUAAUCCAGCAGCUCAAUUUUCACCUGGUCAUCCACACCCCCUUCAGACCCAUGGAGGGUCUGCUCAUCGAUCUCAAGACUCGAUACCCCAUGCUGGAGAACCCAGAGUCGCUGAGGAAAAGUGCCGACGACUUUCUGACCCAGGCAGCCCUGACGGAUGCAGGACUUCUGUUCCCGCCCUCUCAGAUUGCUCUCACUGCCAUCCUGAACAGUGCUUCCAGAGCUGGCAUCAACAUGGAGAGCUACCUGACUGAAUGCUUGAAACUGAAAGAGGACAAAGAAACUCUUUCCAAGAUGUACGAAUCUAUGAGACGGAUGAAAACCCUCCUCAAGAAGUACGAGCCACCUAAACUGGAAGAGGUGAAUAUUUACAAACAGAAGUUGGAGAGGAUCCACGCUGAACUUGCCAGUUCCAGCAACAAACGAAAGAGGGGAUAUGAAGAAGACGGUCAUGUAACUAAAGAACCUCGUUUGGCUGAAGCGGAAUGGAGCGAUGAAGACCUCAUCUGAGUUUUAUGUCGUGGAAUCAGGCUAAAAGAAAUGGCUUGAGUUCAGUAUUUUUGUGCACAUGUGGUUGCUCUUUUUUUGCUGAGAGAAUAAAACUAUUUUUCUAUCGGA